AUGAUCAAGGUAUGUCGCGCAGCAGGAUUGUGGAGCAGACCGCGACGAGAGGGACGUGAGCUGACCGAGCUUUUCUCCAACUCCGACAUCACACGACCCUCACACUUACGUUGCUAUAUACUAUGGUGGGAUGAGCAGAUCUGGUCAGUCAAGAAGACGGAGGAAGCGGCGGCCAAGAAGAGGCCCAAGAUGUCCGCGGCGCAAUUACGGGUCCAAAAGGAUCUGACAGAGCUGGAGCUCCCAAACACCAUGACGACCCACUUCCCUGACCCGACCGAUGUGCUGAACUUUAAGCUCACCAUCACGCCUGACGAGGGUAUCUAUAAAGGCGGCGUCUUCAACUUUUCGUUCGUGAUCAACCCGAAUUACCCACAUGAACCGCCAAAAGUCAGGUGUCUGGAGAAGAUCUAUCAUCCCAACUUGGACCUGGAGGGGAAUGUCUGCCUGAAUAUUCUGCGUGAAGAUUGGAAGCCCGUCCUCAACCUCUCAUCCGUAAUGAUCGGCCUGCAAUAUCUCUUCCUCGAACCUAAUCCCGAUGACCCGCUCAACAAAGAGGCGGCCGAGGAUCUGCGGAGGAACCGGGAAGCCUUCGUCCAGAAUGUCAAGCAGUCGAUGCGCGGCGGGCACGUCAAGGGCACGACUUUCGAUCGGGUAUUGAAGUAG